AUGGGUGAAAAUGAUAAAGCAGAACACGUUUUUACGAUGUUACUCGAACAAGCAACCGAUGAUGACAAUAAUAAAGCAUAUUGUUAUCACUGCCUUGGGCUCAUUAAACGUAACCAAGGACAAUAUAAUGUAGCCAUCGACCUUUACGAAAAAUCACUUAAAAUAAGAGAAAAGGCUCUGCCUACGAAUCAUACCGAUUUGGCUACUUCCUAUAACAACAUCGGUGAAGUGUAUAACAACAUGGGUGACUACUCGAAAGCACUUGAAUUUUACGAAAAAUCACUUAAAAUAAGAGAAAAGGCGCUGUCUACGAAUCAUACCGAUUUGGCUACUUCCUAUAACAACAUCGGUGAAGUGUAUAACAACAUGGGUGACUACUCGAAAGCACUUGAAUUUUACGAAAAAUCGCUUAAAAUAAGAGAAAAGGCUCUGCCUACGAAUCAUCCCGAUUUGGCUACUUCCUACACUUGCAUCGGUCUAGUGUAUAACAACAUGGAUGACUACUCGAAAGCACUUGAAUUUUACGAAAAGUCACAUCAAAUCUACGAAAAAGCUCUGCCUCCGAAUCAUCCCGAUUUGGCUACUUCCCACAACAGCAUCGGUCAAGUGUAUAACGACAUGGGUGACUACUCGAAAGCGCUUGAAUUUUACGAAAAAUCACAUCAAAUCUACGAAAAAGCUCUGCCUCCGAAUCAUCCCGAUUUGGCUACUUCUCACAACAGCAUCGGUCAAGUGUAUAACAACAUGGGUGACUACUCGAAAGCACUUGAAUUUUACGAAAAAGAUCUCGAAAUCACGAAAAAAGCUCUGUCUCCGAAUCAUCCCGAUUUGGCUACUUCCUACACUUGCAUUGGCCAAGUGUAUAACAACAUCGGUGACUACUCGAAAGCACUUGAAUUUUGCGAAAAAGAUCUCGAAAUCACGAAAAAAGCUUUGCCUCCGAAUCAUCCCGAUUUGGCUACUUCCUACAGCAACAUCGGUGAAGUGUAUAACAACAUGGGUGACUACUCGAAAGCACUUGAAUUUUACGAAAAAUCACAUCAAAUCUACGAAAAAGCUCUGCCUCCGAAUCAUCCCCAUUUGGCUACUUCCUACACUUGCAUUGGCCAAGUGUAUAACAACAUCGGUGACUACUCGAAAGCACUUGAAUUUUACGAAAAAUCACAUCAAAUCUACGAAAAAGCUCUGCCUCCGAAUCAUCCCUCGUUGGCUACUUCCUACGGCAACAUCGGUGAAGUGUAUAACAACAUGGGUGACUACUCGAAAGCACUUGAAUUUUACGAAAAAUCACUUAAAAUAAGAGAAAAAGCUCUGCCUCCGAAUCAUCCCUCGUUGGCUACUUCCUACGGCAACAUCGGUCAAGUGUAUAACAACAUGGGUGACUACUCGAAAGCACUUGAAUUUUACGAAAAAUCACAUCAAAUCUACGAAAAAGCUCUGCCUCCGAAUCAUCCCUCGUUGGCUACUUCCUACGGCAACAUCGGUCAAGUGUAUAACAACAUGGGUGACUACUCGAAAGCACUUGAAUUUUACGAAAAAUCACUUAAAAUAAGAGAAAAAGCUCUGCCUCCGAAUCAUCCCUCGUUGGCUACUUCCUACGGCAACAUCGGUGAAGUGUAUAACAACAUGGGUGACUACUCGAAAGCACUUGAAUUUUACGAAAAAUCACUUAAAAUAAGAGAAAAAGCUCUGCCUCCGAAUCAUCCCGAUUUGGCUACUUCCUACACUUGCAUUGGCCAAGUGUAUAAUGACAUGGGUGAUUAUUCGAAAGCACUUGAAUUUUACCAAAAAUCACUUAAAAUAAGAGAAAAAGCUCUGCCUCCGAAUCAUCCCCAUUUGGCUAUUUCAUAUGGCAACAUCGGUCAAGCGUAUAAUAAUAUGGGCAAUUACUCCAAGGCACUUUCGUUUCUCGAAAAGGCGCUAACUAUUCAACAGAAAACACUUCCGGCAUCACAUCCUUAUAUUAAAGAAACGAUACGUAGAAUUAACAAUGUUAAAAAGGUGUAA